AUGGAACAGUCCUUCAAAAACCGAGUUGCAGCAGCAGCGAGGGAAUAUUGUGCAAAAGCUCAAUGUUUCCCAAAUCAAUCAAGGUGAAUGGUUUUUGUUUAUUUUUGUUUGCCAGACACGAAUGAACUAUUAAAGCAAUCACUAGUUAACAAUCGAAUUUUAAAUAAUUCGAUAUACGUUUAACGCAUUUAAAGUACCCACAUGUUACAGGUUAAAUUAUGUAAAUGCUGUCUUUUGUCGCAAUAAAUUCACAUAGCUGCUUGCCACAUGAGUGAAAAAGCUCUAUAGCUUGGGAAAAAAGCUGGAAUUGAACUAACGCCCAUAAUAAAAUGGCCUUUAAAUGGUCCUUGAAAUCCUUUUGUGAACAUUUCCUUUCGUUAAGUUUGCAGGUGCUUAAAUUGCAAUUACCAUUGUGACGAACACAUCUUCAUUAACGUCCUUAAAGUCCUUUUGUAAACAUUUUCUCCCUUUAAAUCCUUGCCAAAGGCUUUCGUCAAGUUUCUCGUUCAUAUUUUUAUUCUUCUAAAUAAUAGCUCUAAUUUAACAUUUUAAUUAUUGAUGGCAACAAACAGCAUCUAUAUAAUAAAGCAAUAAGAGCAUUAUUAAAAUAAGAGAUUGUUUUUAAAUCGGCCAUCAUCAUCAUCAUCAUCAUCGUCAUAUUUUGGCCAGUUUGUUAAUCUUUAUAUUCCAAUGAUCUUUUAUAUUGUUUCGUUUUUAUUUUCACAUUAUUUACAUGUAUGAUAUCUUUAUUCUUUUAGACGAAGGCGUUUGUCUUUAGACGUCAAAUUUACGGCUGACAUGGUUCAUAUUCUUCCUGGUUAUCCCAAACAGUCAGACGAUUCUCCUGGUGUAAUCUUAUUGGCUUUCUACUUGAGUCUUCCAAAAGGAAUUUCUGAAAGCAGUCUUGUCCCUCAGACAGUAUUGAGUAAGAUCGUGAUGGACCAUAAAGAGAACAUUCAAACAUCUAUUGGAGGAGAAAUCGUUAGUGCCGAUCCUUUACCAUUGGACACAGAGGAACACAAGGAAAACAACGGACAGUCGAAACCACUGAACGUUAUUAUCGGGUCGUCGUUGGGUGGUGGACUGCUCUUAAUCAUUAUUGCUGCCGCUCUA